AAAUCUCCAUCCAGAUGUCAGGCUUGUUGGGCAUCUAUAAAAUCCCACAGAUCUACGUGGAGAGUGAUGGAGGGUGAAAGCAGGCUGGAAGCUCAAAGACUACAGCCAUGGCAGCUCCACCCUUUCCUACGAAACCUCCAGUUUUACAAUUUUUCAAUGGACGGAAUGUAUUUGGAUGAGAAUGGGCAACCAGCAGCUGACUUGGACAUUAUGAACUGGGUGUUGUUUCCCAAUGACUCAGUCCUCAGGGUGAAGUUUGGGAGUUUAUGCAGACAGGGAUCCCCAGACCUACAACUCACCAUCGACCAGGAUGCUAUUGUGUGGCCCAAAUGGUUCAACCAGACCCUGCCUCCUUCCAGGUGUGUAGAAAGCUGCCACCCCGGAUUCGUCAAGGUGGUUCAGGAAGGAAAGCCACUUUGCUGCUACGACUGCCUUCCCUGCAUGGAAGGGACCAUCUCCACUCAAGAAGAUGCAGACCUUUGCACCAAAUGUCCAGAAGGUGAACAUCCAAAUAAGGGCCAAAAUCAAUGUGUGCCCAAGAUUAUCACCUUCCUGGCUUAUGAGGAACAUUUGGGGAUCCUCCUGGCUUCUUUUGCCCUAUUCUUGCCCUUAACAACAGGCUUUGUUUUAGCAAUCUUCAUUAAAUUCCUCGAAACUCCAAUAGUCAAAGCCAACAACCGGGACCUCUCUUUCAUCCUCCUCGUCUCCCUCCUGCUUUCCUUUUUGUCCUCCUUCCUCUUCAUUGGCCGACCAAGGAAAAUGACCUGCCUUCUCCGACAAACAGCCUUCAGCAUCAUCUUCUCAGUCGCCGUCUCUUCUGUCUUGGCAAAAACCAUUACUGUGGUGCUGGCCUUCCUUGCCACAAAGCCAGGGAACAGAGCAAGGAGAUGGCUGGGGAAGAGUCUGGCCAACUCCAUUGUCAUUUCUUGUUCCAGUGUCCAAGUUGUCAUCUGCACCAUCUGGCUGGGGACCUCUCCCCCAUUCCCAGACUCUGACAUGCACUCACAGCCUGGACAUAUCAUCCUGCAAUGCAAUGAAGGGUCUGUCUCCAUGUUUUAUGGUGCCCUUGGCUACAUGGGCUUCCUGGCUGCCAUCUGCUUCACAGUGGCUUUCCUGGCCAGGAAGCUGCCUGGGGCCUUCAAUGAAGCCAAGCUGAUCACCUUCAGCAUGCUGGUCUUCUGCAGUGUCUGGGUGUCCUUUGUGCCCACCUACCUGAGCACGAAGGGGAAAUACAUGGUGGCCGUGCAGGUCUUCUCCAUCUUGGCCUCCAGUGCUGGACUUCUGGGCUGCAUCUUCUUGCCCAAGUGCUACAUUAUUGUCCUGAGGCCUGAUCUGAAUACAAAGACACAUUUAACAACAAAAACAAUAGCAGAAAACUAA